AUGAAGACUAAUGGACUAUUGUGCGCGUUUAUAUUCCUAAAAUUUUCUUCUUCCCUCUGUAAGCCACAAGCUACUCCUAAACACCGACACCUGCACCAUGUUCUUGACCAUAAUUUGCAGGGGAGUCACACGGGAUUCGUGGACUAUGGAGCUGUGACGUCCUUUGCAGAGGUUGUUUAUGAGGGUUGGAGGUUACAGGCAAUCUAUAUUUCGGCGGGAAUUAUAAUUGUGGUUGACCUACUACUCCUGGGAUUUACCUUUUGGCAAACUGGAAAACUCUUUUCGCAUGGAUUGUGGAGUAAAAAGUUAUUCAAGGGAGGUGGUUGUUGGAUGAUUGUAGCAGCUCUUUGUGGGAUCAUUUUUGGUAGUUGCUUGGGGUACAUGAUUAGUAUCCCGUUAAUACCAUUAAUGGCAAUGGGUUUUAUGCUUUUGGGUGUAGCAUUUAUAUUGGUUGGAAGAAGAGGUGCCAUACUGGGUGGGAUUGCCGGGAUUCAAAUCGGACUCGCUUUUGGGUCAAUUAACUUUUCGUCAAUCGGUGCCAUCAUUACCGAAGGUGUUUUGUGUUCAUUUGCAGGAAUUUGUAUUGGGUUUAUUCCAAUAUUCCCAGACAUGAGGAUAAACGCAAGAUAUAUCCAAUUGGGAUUGAGGUAG